AUGGCUCGAAUAUUGAUGCCGUCUUUGUUGUCUCUGUACAUCAGCGGUGUGGCAGCGGCUGCCAACAUUGUCUAUGUGACGGACCUGUCCAUCUACACGUUACUGGCACCAUGCGCCCAGACGGCCAUCUCAUACAACAUCUUCUCUCAGACAUACUCGGCCUGCGGCGAAGCUCCAACAGAUCUGCAGUCAUGCAUCUGCACGAAGAACAACAACCUGGCCGCCAUCACCUCGUCCAUCUCCAAAACCGUCAGCUACAGCUGCGGCUCAUCAGCUUCAGACGACCAGACCAGUGUCGCCGCCGUCAUCAGCCAGUACUGCAAUCCCGACUCGUUAAUCACCUUCGCAACGCCGACAACAAACAUCGUCACGCAAUAUGCGACUGACGUCCCCGCCUUCUCCAACAUGGCGCCUUGCGCCCAGUCUGGUGUAUCAUACGCCAUCAGCUCGAUGACGUCCCUGUGCCCCGAGCCAGCCAGCCUGAUGGCGCCCUGCAUCUGCGCAAAGAACGACAACUCGGCGCGCGUGAGCCGUUCCAUCGCGUCGCUCGUGCGGUACUCGUGCUCCAACGCGGCCGACGUCACCUCCGCCGGCGACUUCUACGACGCCUACUGCGCCAUGAACAAGGGCACCACCGCCUUCCCGACGCCGACGCCGCCGCCCGGCGACAUGACGUACUACAUCACCGCGCUCUCGCAGUACAGCUCGCUGGUGCCCUGCGCGCAGUCGGGCAUGUCGGACGCGAUGUACUCUAUCUCGAGGGACCUCUGCCCGAGCGGCCCGAAGGCGCUGGCCUCGUGUAUGUGUCUUAAGGACGGCGUGACGGCUAUGGUAAGCAACACGUUGACGUCGGAUGUCAAGUGGUAUUGCACCUCGACCGCGUCGGCGGAUAUCUCAUCGGCGUUGGGUGUGCUGGAUUACUACUGUAGCGCGGCCAAGGGGGCGGUGGUCGCGACGGUGGCCGAGUCAAUUGCUCAAACUUACCCCACCGCGAAGACGGGUACGGGAUCAGGGACUUCGGGUGCCCAGCCCACGGGCACCGCCACCUCUGACGGCACAUCCGGCGGCGCGGGAACCAGCUCGAGCCGCCCGGGUAUCGGGAUCAUCAUUGGCGGCGUUAUCGCGCUUGUCGGAGCGCUCAGCAUCGCCGGCCUCGUGGCAUUCCUCAUCUACCGCCGCAGGAAGAAGACCAAGCUGCCUCUGGCGUCGACCAUCGGCCCGCCGGACACGACUGGGAAGCCUGAGCUGGGCGGCACCAUGCUUACCGAGCUACCACCCAAAAGCCCCUCGAUGACCGUUUCUCAAGUAAGCUCCCCGCGACCAGAUACCAUCUCGCCGGCGUCGGCAUACGGUGGCAGUGGAUUUGGACAGUCGCCGGUAGGGGAGGAGCUGCCUGGUCAAGGCCACACGCCCCCUGUGCCUGAGAUGCCGGCGAACACCAACGGGCAGCUGCAGCCCGGCGGACAGUAUAUGCCCCCUGAGCUUCAGUCUCAUGGAGGCUUCGGGAACCAGUAUGGACAGAGUUUGCCUUUACCGCCUGAGCUGCAGGGUGGCGGUUACGCGCAGCCUCAGGGGCAGACUACGCCGGUAGAGGCGCACGGCCAGCCGGUUCAUCAGGCGUCCGGGGCACAGCAGGCGAGCUAUCAGGUACCGGGUCAGCAGAGAGCGGAGCUUCAGGGGAUGGGAUGGCACUCGGGGCCGACGCCCGGGUAUUCUGAGCUGGAUUCCGGCCAUCAGAGACGGUAG